CGGAGCGUGUUGACGAAGUCUUCUCUAACCAUAUUAUAGCCAUAUUAUAUAUUAAGCCAGUAGGGAGUUACCCGCCUGAAGUUAGCUGCUGUUUAAUGAGCAGGAAAGAAUGAAGAAUAUAUAUAUAUCCCCUUAUAUCUAGGUAUCUACCUAGGUAGCGAAUCGUGUAUAAUACGGAGAAACAUAACACCACCUAACCCUUCAUUGCAUAGAAUUCCUUCGGUGGGGUCCUUCCCUUUCGAUAUGACGGCUUGAUAAGGUGUCUAGACCUCUCACAUCAUUCAUUAUCGCUAAUGGAUACCCUGACGGGGCGUAGAGAGAUACUCCGUGCCCGAGAACUGAGGGAUUCGCAUGCAUCUACUACUACAUGAUUGGUUUAGCUAUUCUUGGGAUCCUCGUACAUAAAAACGGUCUCUCCGCCACGUUAAUUUGAGCCGAGUUGGCAAAUUCUCUGUAUUUACUAGGAACAAGUUACCUAUCACCAUGAAGAUGAAAGAGACAAUAGAACCAAACAUGUCGGAAGCUAGAUAUAAGCCGAAAGUUCUCAUCGUAGGUGCCGGUCUCGGCGGCCUGACCCUCGCCCAGAUAUUCCGGAAGAAUGGAAUACCAUUUGAGAUAUUCGAGCGGGACGAGCACGAAGUUGCUAGAACCCAGGGCUGGUCCCUGACAAUACACACCAUCCUAGAAGAGUUGUUACAGGCCUUCCCAGAUGAUAUGCCCAAUCUUAGGGACUAUGCUCAUCAUCUUAAUCCCCUUAACUUAGAAACUCAAGUCGUUUUCUAUUACCAUAAUGACCGUCUUGGCACGGAAAACUCCCCUUCUACUCCUACCUUACGCGUCAACCGUCUGCAAUUCCGGCAGUGGCUAGCAACCGGUUUCAACGUCCAGUACGGAAGGGUUGCGAAAAAGAUCGAAAGGGUAGGCGAUAAAAUGAUAGUCACUUUUACUAACGGUACCACCGCCAUGGGCGACAUCUUGAUCGGUGCGGACGGUGCGAAUAGCAUUGUAAGAGAGCAUGUGCUAGGAAAGCCUAAUAGCGAGGUGCUUAGGAAUGUUCCGCUCAGCUCCAUAACUGGAGAGACCACGGUGAGUGGUGAAUUAUUCGCUCGUCAGCUGGAGAUCGCACAUAGCAUGGCUAUUAUACCAGUUACCAGUGGGGACGGCUGGAACAACCUCUUCAUGGGUCUCAUCAAGAUAUCGCCAGACGGCAACUCGGGACAAUUCUUCUGGGUUAUCGGGUGGCAUGAUCCUCUCGCUGAGCAAACUGGUCGCGCGGCGGUCAAUAGUCUUCCCAAGGCGGAGCGUCUCGAAAUCGCGAAGAAGAUGACGGCGCAUAUGGAUCCCAAGUUCAGACGCAUCAUUCAUGAGACAACCCCAGAAGAAAUUCGAGAAAUUGGGUGGAUUCCAACGGACUGUCAUCUCGAUGAGAUACCGCUUGGAAGGGCGAUUCUACUCGGCGAUGCUGUGCACUUGAUGCUGCCAUUCAAGGCUGAAGGGGGUAUGCAUGCGAUGCGUGAUGCACUCCUCCUGGGGAAGCUGAUAACCGAGCUCGAUGCGUCGGACGAUGCAGCUAUCUACAGACUGCUCACUACAUUCUAUGGGGAAGUGCUACCUCGGGGGGCUGAAGCUGUUGAACUCUCCAGAUACUUCCAGCACACCUUCAGGAAGGAUAAGACGGGUAUUAAAGCGUGGGGGCAUCCGGUCAAGAGCCUACCGGAUGAGAAGCUGGAAAUUGGACCUGAAGGGGUCCGUAGCGUAACGAAAGGGAUCUGCAAGCUAAACAUAGUCCCAAGCAUAUAACUAGGACAUGUAACAAUUCCUUCUCUACAUCUUCAAUAUAAUAUAGAAUAGG